GACGAUUUACCGUGCAUGCCAAGAUGUGACAAAAUCAAAUUGUAUGCUCUGAUUGCAGCCAUGCCACAAUGCUUGACACAGAACGACUGCCCUGAUGUUCUGACGUGUAUAGACAUGAAGUGUGUGGACCCCUGUCCUGGGCCCUGUGCUCAAAACUCCUCCUGCAGGGUGCACAAACACGUGCCCUUCUGCUCAUGCUCUCCCGGACAGAUUUUGCAAACCAAGUGCUUAGAAAAUGCUGACUGCCCCUUGGAUAGGGCAUGUAUAAAACAGAAGUGUGAAGAUCCCUGCUAUAACAUCUGCAACGGUAACAACACCAGUUGCCGGGUCCGCAACCACAUCCCUUACUGCACCUGCAAGGAAGGCUUCUAUGGUGACCCACUCACUGCAUGUAAUCAACAAUACCUUGCGGGAAGUUGGCCACCAUUCCCAGGAGCAAAAAAGCGUUACGAAGUGGAAACCGUUAAGGCAAACUGGUAUGGUGCUAUGGUACAUUGUAUGAAGCACGGCGGCAGGCUUGCCACCAUCUCGAAUUUCGAGGAGAACGAGAUAGUCAAAUCGAAGAUUAACAAGUCAGGUCAGAAGCCUCAGUUCUGGACGUCAGGAAUGAACUACCCCCUGACCGAAACAUGGACAUGGAUGAGCACAGGACAACCCUUAACGUACACAGACUGGAUUGUUGGACAGCCUGACAGCUGGUUAAAUCUGGUUGUGGGAGAACACUGCUUGGAGCUCUGGGAGGCGGGGCACUACCGCUGGAAUGACAGGAACUGCUUGGAUAUCUUAUAUUUCAUUUGUGAAUAUUACGAUUGAUAGUGUUUCUGUAGGUUGCAUUUCAUACUACAACACAGUAAUGGUAGUGCCACAUUGUUCUCAAUGGUUCUAUCAAAAAUGUAAAUUUUUAGUUAAAAAUAAAAAAAUAUUACAAAUCUA